GGGCGACCCUAGCGCACUCGAGAGGUGAUGCACGACCGUUCUCGUUAUCGCAGCAUCGCGUUGUGUGGUAAAGCUGUGAAGUUGCACCCGUGAAUCGGUAUCCCAACGAGAUGAAGCUCCCACUACUUUGCUGUGUUCCAUUGCUAGCAGCGUUGCUAGUUUCCAGCACGACAGCUCAACACGCAGAAGAUGCACUCAAACAAAGCUAUGAUGGUACCGAAAGUUCAGCCGUGCGUGAACAACCCGAGCAGCGUUGCGUUCCUACAAAGGAAUGUCCCCCCGAUGAGGUGUUCAAAUGCUGUGGACCCUGCUAUCAGCUGAACUGUUACGGUACCGUGCUGGACUGUGCCGGACGUUGCUACGCCGAGUGCUACUGUGCCAGCGGCUUUGUCCGAGAGUACCCCGGCGGUCGCUGCAUUCCCAAGCUGUUCUGCCAGCGGCCACCGCUGCCAAUUCUUUCCGACUAUGAGGACUUGCUCGUGAAAUAAAUCACACUUUCGCUAAUAAAUAUAAUGUGUCAUCCAAUAUGGAGUCCCGGCGUUCCCGGAGUGCUUGAAACACA